AUGCCUCGUUCAUCUAGCGACACGCCGCUUCCCACGGCCGAAAAGGCUCCUGCUCCGGCCGCUGCCUCGGGCCUCCACCCCUCGCUCUUCAUUCUAAACUGGAUUCUCUUCUCCAAUGCCACCAUUCUCUUUAACAAAUGGCUACUCGACACUGCCGGCUUCCGAUACCUCUUUGCUACCGCCGCCACCCAGAUCCUCGCCCGCACCACGAACCUCCUUGACAGCCGCAAGUCUCUCCCAAUUAACGGCCGCAUGUACCUCCGCACCAUCGUUCCCAUCGGCGUCCUCUACACCGGCUCCCUCGUCUUCUCCAACCUCGUCUACCUCUACCUCUCCGUCGCAUUUACUCAAAUGCUCAAGGCCGGCUCCCCCGUCGCCGUCCUCUUCACGUCGUGGAUCUUCCGCGUCGCCGAGCCCGAUCUCGCCAAGUUUCUCAACAUUCUCGUCAUUGUUGUUGGCGUCGCCGUCGCCAGCUUUGGCGAAAUUAACUUUUCCAUGAUCGGCUUCAUCUACCAGAUGCUCGGUAUUGUCUUUGAGGCGAUUCGCCUCGUCAUGAUCCAGGUCAUGCUGACGGCCGAGGGAAUGAAGAUGGACCCUCUGGUUGCUCUCUACUACUAUGCCCCCGUAUGCGCCUUCUUCAACAUCUUUGUCGCCCUCUUCACCGAAGUCAGCACUUUCAAGUACGAAGAUCUCGUCAACACCGGCUUUACCAUGCUCUUUCUCAACGCCAGCGUCGCCUUCAUGCUCAACAUUGCCAGCGUGUUUCUCAUUGGCAAGACGUCCGGUCUCGUUCUAACCUUGACUGGCAUUCUCAAGGCCAUUUUGCUUGUCGCCGUCUCCGUCGUCAUCUGGAAGACUCCCAUCACCUUUCUCCAGGCUGUCGGUUACGGCAUCGCCCUCCUCGGCCUCACCUACUACUCCCUCGGCUACGACAAUGUCGUCAAGGUUUACAACAACACUACUGCUUACGUUUCCGCCACCAUGAACUCCUAUGGCGCCGUCCCUGGCUCGCCCGGUGGCGUCCGUGGCGGCCUGCUUACCAAACGCUAUAUUGUUCUCGGCAGUGCCGUCGUUGGCUUGCUCUUCGUUAUCGCUGUCCUCUGCAUGUGGGUAAACUCGGUGCCCACCACCAUCCCCACCUCAUUAGGUGCGCAUUAG